AACCUAACUCUUCCAUGUUCCUCCGAGUCUCACGUUUCCCCGCCACUUAUUAUUCUCCUUAAACGCGGUCUCUUUCUCUGCAACAACUCAGUGUUACCACCGUCGUCUUACUUCCGCUCGUGCCGCCGAUUUUGCACUGAUUGUUUACUCUCUGUCGUUACUGGGAUCAAUUAUUCAGCAGGCAAUACCAUUGGAUCCUGACGUGAGCAUAGAAGCUGGGCAUACUUUCAGAAUUUUCCACUGAAAAUAUUCAUCAAUGGUGAAGCAGUUAGUUCGUAAACGAGGAGCCAGUGAGGCCGAGGAACUUGAAGUUUUCAAAGAGCAAUCGAACUACGAUAAUUUGUUAAUGCAAUUACAAUCAUGUAAUAAGGAUGUUGCUGCUUCAUGUAUGAAAAGACAAAGACAAGAAGAAGGCAGAAGUGACACAGAGGAUGACGAGGAUAGCUGUCCUGAAUCUUCUAGUGCAUUAGAGGAGGAGGAAGAAGAGGAAGGGACUGAUGAUGAGUCACCUAAAAGUUCAUCUUUGGGGAACAAUAUGUCUGAGCCAAUGCCAAACAACGAAACUGAAGAGGACACUGAAUCUGAUAGGUCUGACACAGAUCAGGAAAAUGAACUUGAAGUUGGUUCGCAUGGUGACCCUUCUACAUCAGAUAUAACUAGUUCAUUUAACAAACACAUGGAGCACAAGUUAUCAAAAGAAGAGGUUGAGAAUUUCCCUAAAAUGAAAUGGAAAUAUACAUGGGCGGUUCCUGCAGUAGGGAUGUCUAACUGCAAGUGGUCAGGGACCGGAGAGUGCUUUCUAAAGGAUUUAGAAACCAAAUCUAGUAAUUACAAUCUUAAGCAAAGGUUAUAUGAGCACUGGUUGGAUGUGUACAAGACAUCUGGAGGCACUGACUUUCAUUCGUCGAGACAAAGAUUUUUCUUUUCCCUUUGCAACAGCUACCGGGAUAUACUGAACUGCAACAAGAAACCGUUUUAUUUGAAAGGUCUUGAAGAAGACUCAAGUAUCAUGGAUUCAUAUAUUAUGCAUACUUUGAAUCAUGUUUUCAAAAGUGGAGACCUCAUAACGAAGAACAAUUCAAAAAUGGCCAAGCAUCAAGACUGUGCCGAGAUUCUUAGUGGAGAGAAAUUUCUUGAUCAUGGAUUUACUCGUCCAAAGGUUUUGAUUUUAUUGCCCCUUGCGAGCAUUGCACUUCGUGUAAUUAAAAGGCUGAUACAUCUUACACCCUCGGCAAACAAGGUUACAGUGGAGCAUCUUGACCGUCUAUACAAAGAUUUUGGAAAUGGAGAUGUUGGGAAGAAUGAGGAUAUGGAUGAAUUAUCUCUUAAUGACCAGAGUUUCAGCGCUCAAAAAUCUUCAAAACCUUCUGACUUUCAAGCACUUUUUGGUGGGAAUAAUGAGGAUCUCUUCAUGAUUGGUAUCAAGUUCACCAGGAAGAGCAUUAGGUUGUUCAGUGAUUUCUAUUCAUCGGACAUAAUUGUCGCUUCACCCCUUGGUCUGAUUACGAAACUUGGCGAAAUGGAGAAAAACAAGGAGAAAGAUGUCGAUUAUCUUUCUUCCAUUGAGGUCCUAAUCAUUGAUCACGCAGAUAUUAUAGAAAUGCAGAACUGGUCCCAUGUGAAUACCGUUAUUGAACACAUGAAUAAGAUACCAUCGAAGCAGCAUGGAACUGAUGUGAUGCGGAUAAGACAGUGGUAUCUUGAUGGAUAUGCGAGGUUCUAUAGGCAGUCAAUAGUUUUGGGUUUUCACUCAAACCCAGAUAUAAAUGGAUUUUUCAAUCGCUACUGCAACAACUUCGAAGGAAAGGUGAGGUUGUUAUGUGAAUACAAAGGCAUUCUUCCAAAAGUGGUGCUCCAAGUCCGCCAGGUGUACGAGAGAUUUGAGGCAGACUCUAUAGCUAAUGUUGAUGAUGCUCGUCUUGAGUACUUUUCCAAGAAGGUGUUUCCAAAGAUAAACGAAUCUAGUCAGGGUGGAGUCAUGCUAUUCAUUAGUUCUUACUUCGAGUUUGUCAGAGUUCGGAACUUUUUGAAGAUGCAGAAUGCUUCAUUCUGUCUUCUUGGAGAGUAUACAAAGCAAAGUGACAUCUCACGGGCGCGCAAUUGGUUUUUUGAGGGAAAGCGGAAGAUCAUGUUAUACACAGAGAGAGCUCAUUUUUAUCACAGAUAUAAGAUUCGUGGCAUACAAAGCUUAAUAAUGUAUUCCUUGCCGGAGAGGAAAGAGUUUUACCCUGAGAUUGUAAAUAUGCUUGAUGGAUCCGACAACAUGACAUGCAGAGUUAUAUUUUCUCCUUUUGAUCAUCUCCGGCUGGAGAGAAUAGUUGGAACCGUGCCAGCAAAAAGGAUGGGGACAUCAGAUAAGACUGUCUUUGUAUUUUGCUAAGCCCCCCUUGUAACAGCCAGCAUGCUCGCUGAAGGACCGAAACAGCCAUGUGAUGGUCUCUGCAAAAGUAGAGAUGCGAUGUCCCUAUAACUGCCACAACAUCGGAAUCUCUUCGCGGCUUGGUCCAACAAUUUUGACUCCUAAGUUCUGAUUUUUUUUUCUUAAUCUGAUUAUUAUUUGUGUAUUAUGUACUUUUGAGAUUUUCAUUAUGUUUAUGUACUCAAAAUUGAGGAAGAAACUAAUGUUUAUGUAGGCUUAAAUCUUUAAUUAACAUUAUGAUUCCAAUUAACUA